CUGGCAGGUUGAGAUCCUGGAGACGCCGCCCAAGAGCACCAAGAAGGGCACAGAGGUUGCUUCAUCCACGGUCAUCCUGGAUGCUGAACCAGCGUCGCCACCGAAGGGCUCUCCAUCGAAGACUCCAAGAACGCCGAUUGGUCAAGAGCCUGUCACUCCAGUGAUGAAACAUCGUUGGUCGAAUCCUGGGAGGCCGUUGGUCAAGCCAAAGAAUUUGAGCAUGUUUUUCAGCCCAGCACCAAAGGUGAAGAUCUCGCCGGUCGACCGGCGCGCGCAGGAACCGCCUGGUGUCGAGUCUGACCCAGCCCAGUGCGGAGCGCAGGGCUGGGUCAGGGGUUCCGAUCUGAAGGAAGUCAAGGAGAGCACUCCUGAAAGGGAGCCUCCAACAGAUGGGUCUGUUGCAGAGGCUCUGACAGUGUCGUUGCCGAAGAUCUCCACUGCGGCGGUCUUGGGCCAUCGGGGGACACUGGAUCUCUUCAGGAGACGGCUCCGGCGGCAAAAGCUCACCAGCUCCGGCGCAGAGGUGAAGGCCAGAGGCCGGAGGAAGGUGACGAAGGUGACGGCUACGGCAAGGAGGGCGAAGGCAAAGAAAGGCAGCGUGCCGCUGUGGAAGCUGCGCAAGGAAGUGGGGAAAGCUCUAGCAGCUCCCAUGACGAAGGUGAUCGCGCGGCCGGUCACCAGAAAAGCGAAGCUCGCGGCCGGGCAGAGGGCAGCCCUAGCAGAGAAGGUGCAGGUAGCUGAACCUGCCGGAAGCCAGGGUGCUUUACCACCAGUUCUGCCUGAGGAAGCAACGCGGCUUGCUCCUGGCAAAGAACCGCCUAUGCGCAUGAUCCUGGCCAAGGAGGAUGCCAUGAAGACUAGCAGGGUGGUCAUGCCUUUGAUCCCACCACUCCCAGUGCCUCAGCCUCCUCAGGCUCCGGCCGCUGAGGGGAAGUGCAGCGAAGGCGACAGCGACGAUGAUCUGCCGCUGUCUGACCUGGUCGAAAAGAGGUCGACCUUGGCAUCGUUGCGGCCGAAUCGACCUCCCACAACGUGGUCAGAGCAACUUCGGUACCCUUUGGACAGCGCGACCUUCCCAAUCCGGAUCUAUCCGAUCGGAGAGGAGCCAGCUGACGAGGUAGAUGAUCCAUGGUCUUCAUGCUCAGAGCCUGAAGAUGGUGAUUUGCUGGAUGGCCCUGCGGCCGGUGUGACGACCCUCCUCUGGUGCCGCAGCAGCUUUGAGAGGCUGCUUGGAGAGAAGACAUAGACUUCAGAGGCCUUUCGCUUCUGAUGAGGUGACGGCCGGUGCCAGAUUCUGCCAGAUUGCACGACUGAUUGCUGAGACCAAACGAGCAACCAUUGGUUGCUGAGCUGUGCCAUCCAACCAGGAAUGCUCAUGC